AUGGAAGAAACAAUUAAUGAUAAGGUUAAGAAAAUCGAAAAAACAAAUAAUGGUGACAGGAAAAAAGAUGAAGAAAUAAUGAACAAAAUUAAAAAUUAUAAAAUAUUGAAUAAUAAUAAUAAUAAUAAUAAUAAUGAAGAAGAAGAAAAAAAAAAUAUAAAGGAAUAUCCAAAUAAUAAUAUUAUAAAUAAAGAAAAUCAUAAUGUUUUAAUAAAAGAAAAUUAUGAUGUAACUAAUAAAAAUGAUGGCACAACUAAGAUAAAUGAUGAUAAUAGUAAUGUAAAGAUUAAUUGUGAAAAUAGUAAUGAAAAAAGAGAGGUCUCAGAUUUAAAUACUUAUAGUGAUAAUGAUAUAAAUAUAGAUGUAAAUAUAAAUAUAAAUAAUAGUAGUAAUAAUAUGGAAAAGGAAAAUUCACCAAAAGAUAAACAUAAUAACAAUAAUAAUAACAAUAAUAUUAAUAAUAGUUCAUGCUAUGGUGAUAAUAAACAAAACAACACUUUAGAUGAUACAGAUAUGUCCAUACAUAAUAAUUUAAAUGAUACAUCAAAUGAAAAGAAAAAUGUCAUUAUCUCAAAUGAAGAUAUAUUUCAAAAUAAUAAUUCAAAAACUUGUGGAAAUCUAAAAAAUUAUUAUAAGGAUCUUCCAACUGUUAUUAUAGUAAUUGGUAUGGCUGGAAGUGGAAAAACGACAUAUGUUGGUUCAUUAUAUAAUUAUUUAAAAGUAGAACAAAAAAAAAAAGUAUACACAAUGAAUCUUGAUCCAGCUGUUAAAUAUGUACAAUAUCCUUUAAAUAUAGAUAUACGAGAUAGUAUAAAAUAUCAUGAAAUAAUGAAAGAAUAUAAACUUGGACCAAAUGGUGCCAUAAUGACUUGCUUAAAUUUAUUUGCAACCAGAUUUGAUAAGGUUAUUGAAAUAUUAGAAAAACGAAAAAGUAAAUUACAUUAUAUUAUUGUUGAUACACCAGGACAAAUUGAAGUUUUUAAUUGGUCAGCUAGUGGAAAUAUUAUUUUAGAAACCUUAUCAGUCAGCUUUCCAGUUGUUAUUAAUUAUAUUAUUGAUACCGUAAGAUGUGAAAGACCAAUUACCUUCAUGUCAAAUAUGUUAUAUGCAUGUAGUGUUCUAUACAAAUCAAGAUUACCAUUCUUAGCAUGUUUCAAUAAGACAGAUAUUAUAAAACAUGAUAAAUGUAUUGAAUGGAUGACAAACUAUGAUACAUUUAAUGAUGAUGUUUUAAACGAUGAAAGUUAUAUGGCUAGCUUCAGUAGAUCUUGUGCCCUUAUGAUUAAUGAAUUCUAUGAAGGAAUAAAAACAGUUGGAGUAUCUUCUAAAACAAAUGAAGGUUUUAAUAAUAUCUUAAAAAACCUACAAAUACUGAAAGAAGAAUAUCUAAACGAAUAUGUAUCUUCUAUAGAAAAACAAAUGAAAAAAAUCAAACAAAGGAAAGAAAAGGACGUCAAAAUUAAAAUGGAAGCACUCUUAAUGGAGAAACAAAAGGAAAUAUCCUCAUCAAAAAGUUAA